CGCCCCGUUUCCUGUUUGACAGUGAGGGAUUUAACGCGGCAGCAUGAGUCGACAGCACUUUGACACCGAGAAGUAGGUAGACCAGUUAUCCAAGUUAUCUAAGUUAUCUCCCUCAGGAGGAACGGUUUGUACCUUAAGGUCAAACCGUCGGUGUGACGCCGGGCAACCGGAGGAAUGGCCGACCUGUGGGUUUCCUUGACGGUGCUGGGAGCCGCGGUGCUCCUCAGCGAGGCGACACGCCGAGCCGCGGCGCGUCUGUUCCCCGGAGCUUAUUGGAUUUACCUGCUGGAAGCGGCGUCCACCUUCCAGCUCUGCUGCUGCACUCAUGAACUCAAACUGCUGGGCGAAACGGCCCAGCUGGAGCUGCCGCUGAGCCUGGCCCUAACCUACACUAUGACGGUCAUCCACCUCCUAACUUUCCGGGGGGCGACGUGUAACCCCAGCGGGGCUCUGGAGAGCGUUUGCCGCGGUACCAGCACCGGCAAGGCGGCCGUCAUCCUCAUAACCUGCCAGUUCGCAGCUGCGGUAGCCGCGCAGUUUUUCGCAGCCUCCGUGUGGUCGCUGGGUCUGUCAGACAUCCACGUAAGGCACCAGAGGUUCGGCUUCAGAUGUUUCGACCCCCUCGGAGGGACCGUGCUGGAGGCCGCGGCCGUGGAGCUGGCCUGUGCGUUCAUAGUCCAGGCUGCGGCCAUGCAUGUGCACAAAGUGGACGAAAAACUCCAAGCCCACUGCAUCGCUGCUGUCAUCACCGCGCUGGUUUACACGGGUGGGAGUAUUUCAGGGGCUGUUUUUAACCCCGUCCUGGCCUUCUCCAUCCAGUUCCCCUGCAGCGGUCACACCUACCUGGAGUACUGCUUUGUCUACUGGCUAGGACCGAUCCUAGGUGUGGCGAGCUGCAUCCUGCUGUUUGAGAAGGUCAUCCCCUUCCUCUCUGGAAAAAGCACCAUUGGGCUGGACGUCCCUGCUGCCCAGAAACAGAAGACACAGUAGCAGUGACGUGCGGACGGGCCACAGUCACCAGAGUUUAAGUUUUCUUUUAAAGAUUUUUAUUCCCUGUGUCUGAGAAUAAUACCAGCGUAAAUAGUUUUUUUUCCCCCCUUGUCAUUGACACUUACGACGGCAGCACAUGAAGUCCAGUCAUGACUCGUACUGCACAUGUGCUACAACGCGGCUGUUGUCUGCAGCUCCUGCUGUCUGUUGUACGGCAGGUUUACCACAAACAUACAGAUAUCAGAGUGAACAGCACUUGUACUGAUGUUUUCCCAACAUAUGCUAACCUAAUUAUGAUGCUAAUAUGUAGCAUGGGGGGGGGGGGUUUACAGACAUCGUGCUCAAAUCAAAGAUAGAACAGCUAAUGUUGUCGGCUUCCUAGCUGGUGUCUGAAGUGAUAUUACAAACAAUUUUACCAAUCAAAUUACAGUAUUGACACUUGACAACAUCAAUCAGAACCAAAAAGUUAAUGCCAAGGAUAGCUGCUGAUUUUUCAUAAAAAUAUUUUUUUAUAGUUGUCAUGACAGAUUUAAAGAUAUGCAAGCUCAUAAAUGCAGUACUUAAGUUUUGCCAAAUGUUCUUCACAUGGAGACUGUGAGAAGCACAACACUAAAGAAGAAGUGAAUGUAAGCAAGUGUUACUGUUGAAAUGGGGAGUUGCUAUUGCUACAUCAUUACUUUAUAUGAGACUACACCAAAUGGGAAACAACAUGAAGACGACUGGAAGCACUGUGGUUUGCAAAACGGGCUGGUUGCACAAAUCACCUUAAGUCUUCUCCUAAGGUUUCCUUAAAAUGUUAGUAUUUAAGCUUUUCUCCUUAUCUUAGUCUUUAAAUUCAGGAAUCACUUAAAGUCAGUUAAAUUGUUGCACAAAAGACCAAAGUUCCCGUCGAAACUACAGGAGGAUGUGAUAGCAGCUUCUUUAACGUUACGAGCUUCCCAAAAGUGAUAACAGGUAUCACAAGUGCUAAUGUCAGCAAAUCAAUGGUCUCCAUGGAAACCUUUUGAGAGAUUCUGUGCAAACCAGAAACUUAACCAAAGCACAGCUAAAGGACGCAGUGCUUCCAGGUGUAUUUGUGUUGUUUCUGUCAGCCCUUUUUAUUUUCAGUGCACAUGACAUAAAAUAAGUGCACAAAGUGGGACAGAAGACAUGUUUUUUUCAAGGGACAUUCCUAAAAAAAAAAAGAAAGAUAAACACUAUAGCCAAACCUGAUGAAAGGCAUGUUUAUUAUUACACUAAUUCAUAAUCUUUUAAAUCCCACAGUCCUGAAGCACAGUUAGUUUAAAGGUGAAGUGAGACAGCAUAAAAGGUUGUAAGGUUUGGUCCGUGUACUUUGCACAAUUAUCAUAGCUUUACACUUUCAGGUGUCUAAUUGCACAGAAUAUUUUUUUCUAGCGCACUUGAUACGUAAACACAAGUUAAAGAAAACUGGAUUUCACUGUGAACUCUGUGACGCUGACACCGAGUUUUCCCUUUUUAAGUUUAGUUGACCAAAGCUUAUACUGUUGAAUCUUUGUUUUCCUGCAUAAAUCAUGUUUGACUGUUUGUUCUGCUGCAGGUGAUAAUUUACUGUUUAACAUUAAUAUUGACAAAGUGUUACCAGUGUAAUAUUUGCAUUGGGAUUUUAAUAAUAUUCUGUGGUUUUUUGGGGGGGGGUUUUCUCUGUCAGAACUGCACAAACUUCCAUUUCUCUGUGAACCAAGGACAAGGUCAUUUAUAGCUUUAAAUACCUCGAGAGUGUGGAUGGUCAUAAUGUGUUGAGACUUGAUGAUUAUGUUGAGAAUGUGAAUAAAAAUAGAUUUUCUCUUACA